UGGAGACAGGGCUAAUCGGUUGAUAACGUCAUUUGAGGCAAGGAGGGAGGGAUUCCUCCUUAAGUUGCCUUAAAGCUCGAUGAGCAGUGGAGUUGGUUUGAAGAGAAAGAACGCGUCCGAGUCUAGAGGAUAUGCCAAAAUCCUUCCUUGUGAAAAAAGCCUCUCGCAACAAGAGGAAGUUAGCCGAGGAUAUACACCAGGGUAAGUACCUGUACUGUUAUACCAACGCACCGGGAUCAACUUGGUUUCUCAAGAUUAAAGGUCAAUCGUGUUUUUCAGCUAAGAAACUCUGAGCCUUUCCAUUAAGAAGGCUUUUGCUUGUGCGAUGUCAUCAUUUCUAGUGCAAUUUUGUUCAUUUUCAUAACAGUUUCUCCGAGUUAUUUUAAUUUUUCUGUUGAGGCGUCAGUCCGCGGUUCGCUGGGUCAGCGAAAGUCAGUCAGAUUUAGUAUUUCUGACUAAUUGGUGGAAAGGAGUUAAAUUCAAUUGUUUUUCAUAUUGAAUUAGUUUCUUACGCUAAAGAAAAAAAAACUUUUUUUAUCGUGAUUUUUUCUUCGGUGCGCUCAAAUUUCUUUGAGAUUUUACAAGCGCUGAUUACUUCAGUGAGCGAGUAUGCAAAAGUAGUGAAAUCACUACCUGGCAUCAAUAAUUCAACCUUGCGUUUAUUGUUCUAAAACUCUUUAAAUCGAACUUCCUAGAAUAGCUUUCUCGACUCAUUUUGCAGAAAAAAUUCUCUUUUGUUUGUCAGAAAAUGAGGAGUUAUCAGACAUCGCUGAGGAAGCAGAGAAACAGACAAAUCCGGGCUCAUCAGCCACCGGUAAGUGUUGGUAAACUUUGUUGACAUGACCACCUGUAAAGUCCUGAACUUCAAAAUGGCAAUUAGGGAAGAUCCUCACGGUCCGAAAAUCACAAGUAGUCCAUAAUAAAAAAUUCCUAGCCUCUAGAUUCGACACGAUUCCGGGCUGUAAACUUGUCUAAACUGGUUAAAACCGACCAAAAUGCUAAAACCUGUUCAAUAAAAUUACUCUCGUCAGUAAAAAGAGGAUUCUUUCCUAGGAGAUUCCAGCGCAAUAUUGAGCUAGGUACACUCUGUUCACACUACUUAGAAGUAGAUAUGAAAUGCGAUAGGAGAGAGACUAAGUGCGAGGGAAAAUCCAAUUUUUCUUCACAUGUCUUCCGAAACAGAACCAUUAAUUACGCAGCAACAAAUUUUUAGAUUUUUCUGUUAUUGGGUUAGGUGAUCAAAGUUACACUAUCAAAUGGCAAGACAAGUGUUGUUUUCUUUUAUCUUCACUAUAUGGGACAGAUCGAAUUAAUUUAAAUCAUGGGAAUGCUCACAUCAGGACCUUGAAAUUUUUACAAAUAUUUCCUCUCUAUUUUUUAACAAAAAAUUUCGAAAAUAUCGGUGUCGCUCGGAAGUUAAUUGUGUUAUUCGAUGCAGUGAAAAUUAAGCCCGCAUCACGUCAUCACACGCUCAAACACUCCAAGAGGAAAAAAUUGAGGUAAGGUAGGAAAUGGUGUCAUAUGAUAAAUUCAGAUUAAUGCAAAAAAUAACAAAACAACAUUCGUAUGCGGUUUUCUAUUUAAAAAGAUCUUAAGUUAUCUAAUUUCACUGGAGAUUUCCGGCUGUGAUAAAUAGAUUCGACUUUUUCUGGUGGAGUUUUAUCCAGAACCCUAUCGAAUUGAUCCGGUUUAGCUUUUGAAUCAUCCACGGUUCUAAGUUUGCAGGUUUUCCUUGAGAAAAACAAAUUUUUGAAGCAAAAAUCAAAGGAGUUUUCAUAUGAAAUUUUGCGAGAGGUAGCUCUUUACUUGAACUUGCGAUCAGCGUAAACGCACAGAACGUAAAACGUACAAAGUUAUUAGGACCGUGUAGCUUCAUCGUCGAAGAUAUUUCCAUUUUGAAGAUAAAACCCCCUCAAAAAUUUACUUUUCUUGGCUUUGAACACUGAGAUAAUUCACCGAGAGGACAGAUCAUGGAAGGGCAGAGCACUUGUAAGAGCUUUCUUUUGCUUUGUUUCGAUAAACUUUUUUUCAAUAGAAGGGUAAGUUUCUAAAGAAACUGUGGUGCUGCGUCGGCGGGGAGCAAUACAAGAUUAUUUGGUGUUAUCAUCUGAGUUGAUGAUGUAAACUGGCCACCGAAAAGAGUUUCCAAAGCAGAGAAGAAAUUGUGGGUUGUGUAAGUGCAUAUUUUUUCUUUAGUUUCGUGUUCAAAACUUUAAUUUUUUUUUCAGGCGAUGUGGCCAUCCAGUGCAAUUUGGAAGCCAACGCGGACUCUUACAUUCCCCGCACCAAUAACGGGAGGAAUCAGCCGGUACCUUUUCCCGCGCUCGACACGCGCGGAUUACACACGCUUGCUGAGCUGUGCUUACGACGGGCAGACUACGAGUUUUGUACCCAGAACGUUACUGUAGACCACAGGAAGAUCAAUGAUGGUGACGUGCAUGAAACUGAAUUAAACGAAAGUGAGACUUUUAAGGAACCUCGUAAAGUGCAUGACACGAAGUUUAAACGACGUGUAAGCGACAGUUUAACAAGUGUAAAAAGGGAACAGGUCAAAGUUGAAGAAAAUGAAACAGCCGAGGAAAAAUGCGAGGAUCUAAAGGAGAGAAAGAGUAAAGCUAUGAGACGUUCGAUGAAUCCCGUGAAUGAAAACAACUCAACAAGACUCCACAAACUUGAGGAGGAGCUGGAAAAAAUGCUACAGUAAGUUUUGAAAAAUUUUCUUUGAUCUCACUCAAUGUUAUCUCCUCCUUCAGUAAACCGUUUUGAUACAUGCCGCCAACCUCUUUGAGAAACAACUUUUAGAUAAAAACAACACCAGUUUAUCACAAUUUUUAUUAGCCUUGUAAAGAAAAAAAUAUUUUUUAGGGAAUUGAACUAUAUUUUGUGAACAGAGUACACAAAGGACCUGUCAUUAUUUAUCUCCGGAGAGGGGUGGAGGAUUUUGGUUGCGUCGCAAUGGAAUUAAUCUGAUUCUCCCUCAAUUAUAAUUGUGCUAGGUAAUUGUCAAAUUUGCCGAGCUCCUAUCGAUUGACGCGAUGGCUCAGAGGUUAGCGCGCGGACGUCGGGUUAGGAAGCCUGGAUUCGAGCUCUGAGAAGCCGCGUUGUCUAUAGGCGCAAGACUCUAUACUGUAACAGUUAAUUGUACAUCUGGGAAAGUAAAUCGGCACCACAAAAUUGUUGGGAAAAAGUAAGGAAUAAAUAAGGAGGGAGGGGAGGGAGGUGACGUAAGACAGACCAGCAUCCUUUUCGAAGGAAGAGGCGUUUCUCCUUUUCGCUCCAAAGCUAAAGAUGGAAGCCAGACGAAUCUCCGGCAGUAAUAUUUUACUUACUCAAGUUGAUAAUCAAUCCAAUCAAAAUUAUCCAUCAGAGGCAUUCUACUUAACUAAGAGACCUAUGUCACAUCUAGGGGCAAAGAAGAAAUCAUUGGACGAGAAAUCAGAGAUUUUAUGGAAAACAACAAGGCUUUGGAAAAAGAACUGAUUGAGGAGACUGGCGUGUCGCAGAUAGAGAUUACAAAAUACCUGCAAGAAAGUGUCCAUUUGAAAGAAGACAAACGAACAAAAUUGUUCAGGUGGUAUCUUGAGAAGAAGCUUAGCAGAGUGGAAUCGGGUAAGUUCAGUAAAGAAUGGCCUAGACCAACAUUUUCGGGACAGAAGGGAGCUUUAUGGACGAAAUCGUAGACUUAGCCAAGGAAAAUUUUGGCCCACAUUGAUAGAAGGUGAUGGAGAUGAACGGAACGGACGAAAAUGAGCAGGGGAUUCAAUUGAGUUUGAACACUUUGAUUUCAGAUUCAAAACCAUCAUCAACAUCUUGGUUUAGUUAUUUCUUGAAAACUUUCACGAGUAGAUAGCAUUUAAACUGAUGAUUCUCUUCUCUUGAUUUUAAGACGACGAGAGUUACACGUGCUACAAAUGCGGCAAGAUCUUUGCAUACGAGAGUUACCUAGAGCGUCAUGUUAAGUACGUUUGUCCUGACAAGACUGGUCGCACAUGGAAGUGUUCUUACUGCAGUAAAGCAUUUCAAUACCCUUGUUACUUGAGGAGGCACAUGAGAUCACACACAGGUAAGUUAUAUGUACUUAUUGAUUGGGUGGGAGGGCUGGAAGGGAAAUAUUUGGCUCGAGGAUCAACGUAAGGACCGAGCAUAGCGAGAUCCGUGCGUUAUGAUCAUGAGCCAUACAAUUUCCCUUUCAGCCCGAACUAGCGCAGUCAAGAAACUUUCUAUCACAUGACUAUCCCUCUUUCUUUAACUUCUUUUUCUCAUCAGUUCGCAUCUCGAGGGGCCUUGCGGCUUUUUCCAUCUCGUGCGGCCCUCAAACGGGGAUUUUUAUCUUAAAGUUUCAAUAAAAGCACGCGGGGUGAUACGGGUCAUAAGGUGACUCAAGUUGUGAUACUUAAAUACAUUUGGUCGCGAUAAAAUAUCGUUUGACGGUUGCCUUUGUAUUUCAGGCGAGAGUCCUUACAAAUGCACGCAGUGUUCUCGAGCAUUUGUUCGUUCUACAGACCUUCAAAGACAUUUGAGAAAUCACACCGGUGAAAAGCCGUACAAAUGUCAAGAGUGCUCGAGGGCAUUUGCACGCUCCACGGACCUAAAGCGACACAUGCGAACUCACACAGGAGAGAAACCCUACAAAUGCUGGCAAUGUUCCAAAGCGUUCUCUCAGUCUGGGAGUUUGCAAACCCAUUUACAUACGCAUUAUAAGGAGUCUUUGCAAAUGAAGGGAGUUAUACCGGAAAAAACGAAAAGAACUUAAAAGUGGCGCAGAAGCGUCGCAAUUUUGUUGCGAGGAGCGGAUAAUGGAGGGUUAGUAAGCAGAGGAGCAUUUGCUGUUUAAUCAGUUGCAUAAGACCAAAAUAUCAGACCUUUCAGGCAACAAGCGCGAUAUUGCCCAGUAUGUGCGCUUCGUCAAUUGAAGGAUCCAUGUUCGAGCUAUCGGUAUAUUUUUCUCUGCAUCAGAAAGAUCAAUCUUUUUUACUUUGUUUUGAGUCACAUUUUGCUGAUGAAUCCAUGCAUGCUGAAACAGUUCUGGAAGACAAUCCAAGAAUCUUCAAGUUUGAUAAAGAUUCACUUUUGCUUUAAACGCUGAACGAGCUUUACCCAAAGAAACUGCAGACUUUAAGACGCAUGGGAGGUUCAAACCUUCUAGGUGGAUUAAUGCUCAUCAAAAACAGUGCAUUUGUGUUUUACUCAAAUGGUUUAAUACUUGAUAACUUGAUUUCUGCAAGAAAACGAGUGCCAUUACGCAGUAUUAUAUCGAAGGCUGGACUUAACUGGCAAGGAAGAAGUUAAUGUGAAAUUGGAGAAAGCAUUGACGGUUAUACCGAAGAGGAAAUUGCUCUCCGAUAGUUUCUGUUUCUAUCUGCUUUUUUUAUGUUGCUUUUUUACAUCGCUCGAGAUGGACGCUGAUAACACAAAAAAACAAAAGGCUUAAAGAAAAAAAAAUGAAAAGCGCAUGUAUAUUUUUGGAAUUUUUGCAAGGGUAAAAUAUUUAGUUUUGUGUAUACUUUUGCUCGGGAAACUAUUUUUAUUUGCUUUGCUUAACUUUUGAAGAAAGUGAAGGAUCUACUUGUAUAGCUCUCAAAAAGGUUUCUACCAAAAUUUAAGGUGUUGAUCCGAUCUUUGUCACACGGAGUCUGCAAUGUAAACGAAAAAUCAACAGUAGCUUCGCAUAAACAUCCACCAUCGCAUUGGGUAAAGAAUGUCGACAACACUUCAAAAAAAUGUAGAUUUCAGAGAGUAAAACCACAGUCUUCAAGACUGCUGUACAAAAAGGUAAGGCUUGUUUUGGAACUGAAAAACCAAAAGAUCUCUUUACAUUGUCGACUUCAGAAUUCCGCCAUGAUAUCACUAAACUCGUUGCAUUGGCAAAUUUUUCAGUAGCCACUCUAAAUCAACUAUUUUGUCAGUGACAUUCCGGAAGAAACGUGAUUUGGUGUAAAGGUUGCUAAAUUUUACCAGAAACCUUCUAUAGGUGUUGAUAUCCAAAAUAAUCGCCAGUUUUCUCCGGGAUCUCCUCUCAUUUUGCACAGUUAAAAUUAAGGAAGUUGGGGAUUAUUGUUAGUAUCCGAGCAACUGCACAUCUACCCCUCCCUUAACUCAGCAACAGUGAACUGAGAACAAGGUAGGAUUGAUGUUGAAUUAGAAGGGGGGAGGGGAGGGGGUAGGUGCGCCUUUGCUCAAUACUGAAAUUGAUCCCAAGUUGGUUCGUAGUAAUCUCGUCCCCAGAUCCUAUCGUUUAAUUGUAACUAAAAUGGACGUGGAAGGUCUGGAUAUGAGACUAGGCUCGUGGCAAUGACGAAACUUCGAUUCUACGUUUUUCCCAUUUUCUGUUCAGCUAUGUUUGUUUCUCUUCAAAUAAGGUUAUGCGCGAAAUUCUUUCAAUGCAGCAGAGUCCCAAAGAAUUUUGUCGAAUGUUGUAGAUAGCUUCAUCAUGAAUUGAUUUAUUUUGUAACUUUCCUGUACAUAUGUUGCGAAAUAGAAAUCACUUUCUGGUAUCAUAAGCUCAUUAAUUGAGUUAUAUUUUUGCUAUUCAGCUUUUAUCAAUAGCUGGUGUAUAUAGAGCGUUAUAGCUUAUUUAAGCUUCAAUUUUUUUUGUUGUGUGAUUGGUCGAUUGUAAUUCUAGUUUUCAAUUUAUAGUACAUGAUAAUCAUGCCUAAUUACUUUCAUCGGGAAAAAUAAGACAACAUUUGUUAGUUCUAUCGAAACGUUAAGUUUGUUACUGCCUUCUUUGACAAAGCCAAUUAAUUUUUGCGAUCAGUUUGAUUUCUGACGUAUCAAAAUAAAGCUGGCUACUUACCAAAUACUUUUUUUUUCAAUGAAAAUUGAGUCUAAACAUAUAUUUUUUCGAAAUUAUAUAUCGCUGGAGUAGUUUAAUUCUCUUUUCCAUUAAAAGAAAAGACUAUUUUACCCGUGUGUCUGUCAACUCUUGUUCUGUAUAAAAUUGUAUCAUAGCUUACAAGAUAAUAAUUUCAAUAUUCUGCGCAACCUAGUUUCCAGGGUCUCUGUUCUUUCCUACUGCGGGACCGCGUGGGCAUGUAGAAGAGAGACAUUGAAACGAGGUUGCAUCCCGAGGGUACAAUGUGUGUUCAUUUAAGAAAAGAUACUUUAACACGAG